GGUGACAUGGAGAAUCCCUUUACCACAAAGCAAUAUCUGCUCCUUCCUCUCCCCCCUCUCUUCCAUCAGCAAGCAAUAUCCCUCUACUGUUAAUGAACUGAUUACAAUCAAUGGUGUCACUGCAGAACUCACCCUCACUUCAUCGUACAUUGUUCCUCAAAACUUUCCCUCAGAUGGGGAUAAGAAAGCAUGAUACUUUUCCUUGCUGUAGGAGAGGUAUUUCAUCUAUUGUGCGGGCUGAGCAAUCAUUCUCAUCAGCCUCCACUUCUCAUUUUCAAGAUUAUUGCAGGAGACGCCAAAUGAUUGCCGCUGGGAUCACUGCUCCUUUAGUUUCAAUGGUUAACCAAACUCCUGCCUCAUUUGCUGCAGAAAAUAAAAAGGGAUUUCUGGCAGUCGCGGACAAGAAAGAUGGAUAUUCUUUUCUCUAUCCAUUUGGGUGGCAGGAAGUAGUCAUCGAAGGUCAAGACAAGGUAUUCAAAGAUGUCAUUGAGCCUUUAGAAAGCGUUAGCGUAAAUGCACUACCAACAGGCAAACAGGAUAUUCGAGACUUUGGGUCCCCUGAACAGGUUGCUGAAACUUUAAUCAAGAAGGUUUUGGCCCCUCCUUCCCAGAAAACAAAGCUAAUUAAGGCCUCUGAGCAUGAUGUUGAUGGCAAAGCUUAUUACACAUUUGAGUUUGUUGCCCAGGCCCCAAACUAUACUCGGCAUGCUCUUAGCACUGUUUCCAUUGGAAAUGGUAUGACACUAAUCAUGAUAUGUGAAUAUUUCAUAAGAAUGGUAGAUUAACUUUGUUUUUUGCACCACCAUAUAUCCUGUUGAAAAGGGAGUUUAUGCAUUUCCAUUCGCAUGAAACUUGCUGGUUAUAUGUAAAUAGUCACUGCAAAGUGAACACCCUCCAUUCCUUGUGGCAGUGUUCUACCGUAUCAUUUGAAGUUCUUAGCAGAAACUCUGUUCUUGCCAUCUCAAAGCAGUUUCUUAAGUUUUGCGGGUAAUCAUCCAAAUAGUCCUCAAGCUUAGUGGCAGCAGUUUCUAUUUUGUGUUUUCUCAGCUUAUACUGUUUUCUGUACAUCUGUUCUUAUCUAUGUUUUCUCAGCUUAUGCUGUUUUUCCCCUCUAAAUGAUCAAUGUGCUCACUGCAUUAUGAUUCGAUUGAGUUUCCGUUAUUUUAGACUAAUCCAUUGCGUCUUCAUGUCAGGUAAGUUCUUUACUUUGACAACCGGAGCCAAUGAAAGAAGAUGGGAUAAGAUGAAAGAGCGAUUAUACACUGUGGUAGACUCCUUUAAGAUAUUCAAUGUUUAAAGCAUGUGUUCACGGUAAGUUACCAGUUUAGGAAGACCAUGCUUAGGAUUGGGAGCACCAUUGUAUUUUGCGGAAUGUGAAACAGUAUGAUUGUGUGAGGUCCUUUUCUUCCUUAACUAAAUGAUCUUCCAUUUUUUCUCCCUGUUCUUUUGAAGUGGAAAAGGAUUGACUCUUAUUCGUUCAGUUUAGAUAAAUAGACUCUUUACAAGCUCUUUCUCUGCGCAUGUUUCCUUGAGGAAACAGAUAUAUGUACCCUUGAAGAGACAGGCUUGGCUUUGGGUGCAUCUCUUUUUCAGAAAAAACUACAAAUUUAUGA